GAGAUAUUUAAUCCCGCCAAAAUGCCAAAAUGUAAGUUUUUGAACAUCUGCGAUUCUGGUAUAUAUGCUAACUACUCUCACAGUCUUCUGUAAGUUUAAAAUCAACGCGCCGUGCGACUUGCGACUAUUCAAGCUCCAUCUCCAUCUUCGCGACCAGCUUGCUAACACAUCUUUGAAGGCGAUUACUGCGAUGUCUACCUCACUCACGACUCGAUGAGUGUGCGUAAAGCUCAUAAUAGUGGACGUAAUCAUUUGCGCAAUGUUGUCGAUUAUUAUCAACAAAUCGGCCACGAAAAAGCCCAAUCCGUAAUCGACUCCAUCACAUCUUCCUAUGCCGCCGAAGGUCAAUCCUCUUCGAAUCCUAUGCUUCACAACCCAGCAUCCUCGGCACCAUUCCCACCAUUUCCACCAGCUAAUUUCCCUGGAGGAGUUCCACCACCUUUCCCUCCAUCCUCUGGUCCAGGUGGUUUGCCAUUCCCUCCACCAGGCGCAAGAGGUUUCCCAAUGCCUCCUUUACCUGGACAACCAGGUGCGCCACCUAUGCCACCAUUCCCGGGUAUGCCUGGCAUGCCUGCUGGAAUGCCAUUCCCUCCUCCAGGUGGCUUGCCACCUAAUUUCCAAUUUCCAGUUCCUCCACCAGGGGGCUUCCCGGGAAUGCCACCGCCUGGUGGUCAAGGGUUUCCGGGCAUGCCUCCACCAGGGGGAAAUCGGGAUGAGAGAAGAUAAAGAGAUAAUGGUAUUUGUUGAGAGUUGAGAAUUGGAGAGAUGAUAUGGACUUUGGCGUUCAGGGUUGAAUUACUGGCACGUACAUUAUCAAGGAUAUUCAUCAUGCGGAUGAUUUUUCUUCGUGUUCAAAGGACAGCAGAAUGAGAACAUGGAGCAGAUUGAUGCGUUCGAUGAAUAGGUAUUCUGAAGACUGUUGUCGAAUUUUAGUAAUGGUCAUGCAAAUUAUAAAGCAGCGCGGUACCGCAGGAAAACACUGGAGUUGGGAGAAAUUGUACUAUUAUAGUUGAAACAUACGGCAUCACUAGACAAGCAAAAGAAUGAAACCUUUUCACGUCAAGAAUGUCUAGUUGACAUUUCUACUUGUUUUUCUGGUGUUUGGACAGUGAUACAAUUAACAAUUUAGAAGUCUAUUAUCGUUGAUCACAAUGUCGUUAUCUGGCAAGCAUAAGAAAAGAAAAAUAUCAACCUAUCCACGAAAUAUUAUAUAUAUAUACUCCA